AUGGAUGGUGAACUGAUCUGGACCCUUGUAGGUGGCAAGUGUAUAGUCAGCCCUCAAAUACUGCACAGCCUACAGAAGAAUGCUUCUACCACUCCAAUAUCCGUGGACACUCCAGCCCAAGGGCAUCAAACGGCAUCCAAGAUUCUGGACAAUGGACAAAAUGGCAGCCAACGCCCUCCGGUACAGCGAAUCUAUGUAUCUCAAGCCAUCCAGCCUGCGGAGGAGUGGUCACUAGCGAUGACCAUUGACCGUGAAAACUGCUUACCCGUCAUUCUUGUGAGCAAGACCAAGGGAACAGACGUGGACUCGGAAGUCACGCCCUUCCCAUUCGCCAUCUCCCAGGGCAUCACCCCCGAACUGCUGUCGCGUGUAUCAAAUCACAUAACAAGAGACUCUCCGCCAUCACAGGCCUCGACCGAAAGCCUUGCCAAGAUCCUCAACGGCCUAUUCAAGAUCUUCACAGACAAGGACGGCACGAACCUGGAGAUCACACGGCUAGCUCGCACCGCCACCGACGGCAGCUUCACCUGCCUCAGCACCGCCUUCACAUUCGACGACGCCGCCGCCAAGCGCCAGCCGGAGCUCUUCGCGCUGCGCGACGUCAGCCAGGAUGUUCCCGAGGAGAUCGAGGCGGCGCAGUACGGGAUCGUGUACGUGCGCAUGGACGGCAACAUUGGCAACGUGGUCAAUGGUGCCGGGCUGGCGAUGGCGACCAACGACGCCAUUGGGUUGUACGGGGGCAGAAGUGCGAAUUUCCUGGACGCGGGCGGCCAGGCUACCAAGGAGACGAUGCUGAAGGCUUUUGGGAUCAUCAUGCGCGAUGAGAGGGUGACCACGAUUUUUGUCAAUAUUUACGGAGGCAAGUAUAUUGUCUGCAUCACGGAUGGUCGGAUGAUUGCUGAAUCCAUCAUUGGCGCCGCCACAGAGCUGGGACCGAUCAAGGUCCCCGUUGUGGUUCGAUUGCAGGGCACAAACUCGGUCGAGGGAUUGAAACUGCUCGAUGAGGCCAAGCUUGGGAUACAUGUAGAGGCUGAUUUCGGGGAGGCAGCCAAGAUGGCUGUUCGGUUCGCAGCAGGUCAAUAG